AUGUCGCGACUCCUCCCCGCCCUCCCAAUGUCCCAGAUAAUCGCUUGUGAUGCUCCCCUGCUUUCCCCGGUUGAUCAGCAGUGGGAUUCCGUUCUUUCUCCUGCACUCGAUAACUUGCAUUUUAAUUACUCGUACUAUACUACUUCAACUUCACCCCAUCAUACAGAUUCACCUCAAUCCAUGCUCAAGGUCAAACCAUCGCUUGACUCGGAUCCAGAGCUCUUGUGUCUGCCCACUCACAAGGUCUUUGACCUUCCAGAGGCUCACCCCCUUACCCCUCCUACGGCAGAACAGCGCCCGUCUCCCCCCGUAUCAGACGCUCUCCCGUCGUCUGCCGCAAAACGCUCUGCGAGCCCAACCCCCAGCGUCACAAAAAAGCGCGCGAUUGGUGACCGUAUCAACAGCAAGGACUUUGUGCCCCCAGAUGUCUCUGGUCUCAGCAAGCGUGAAGCUCGCCUCGUCAAAAAUCGUGCUGCAGCCUUCCUCAGCAGGCAACGGAAGCGUGAAGAGUUUGAAUGCAUGGAAGUACGUGUUGCAGAACUUGAACAGGAGAAUGCACGCCUUUUGGCACUCACUCAGAGUGGAAAUCCUGCUUCCGCAGUCCCUCCCCAGGUUGACAAUGGCCUUAUUUCCGAAGUUGAGCAGCUCCGAGCUCAGUUGGCUGCUGCAGAGAAGCGGGAGCGCGAACUUAGUGCGCAGUUAGCAAUCAAGGCUGUCCCUCGUGACCCUCCCAUCAAGGUGGAGGCUUCGGAGGUUUCGUUACCCCUUUCAUCAGCGCCCCGGUCAACAGCGCCCCUCAAAUCUGGCGCUAGUCUUGGUCUUAUGGUGCUACUCUGCGCGCUUCCUACGCUACUGUCGAUGCCCAUGCAUUCAUCGGUUCCCACAAGCUUUUCGAUUCCCACUCCCUUGCCUGCGUCUUCGGCUUCGACAUUUGAUUACAGUUCUUUGCUUCCCCACGACUACGAUUGGUCAAGAACCACUGGCAGCUCGUUAAUGGACCUUGACGACGACUACCCUCGAUUUUCGCCGCCCUCGUCAAUCCGAAAACUGGAAUUUGCGGAUUCUGCCGAGUUGGGCGGCCUUGACAUCUCAUUUGACACCACCCCGGCGAACAACGGCAAAAUCAGGGUCCGCAUCCACCCCUCUUCAUCACCGUCAUCACGUGCUACGUCGCCUGACAGUUCGUCCGACACGAAAUCUGAUGUAUCGUCGCCCUCGUUGGAUAGCAUGUGGUCGGGAUCCGACUAUGAGCCGGGUUUUCGAUCCUCGUUUUCUUCGCAGAGCAGUUCGCUAUCAUCUCUCUCUUCGUCCUCCUCUGAUCCUUUCUUUGGCGUUGGGGAGUCCAGUGACUUUGGAAUGGCGUUUGCAUCGAACCCCUCAAAAAUGGACUCUUUGGACUACGGCCAAUCUUCUGAUCUAGCAUUCGGCCUUGGAUCAGAGUACAACAUACCAGACAGCACUGGCAAGACACGCCGCGUAAGGAUCGCCUUGAAGAGCAUGCCCGCAGCCGGCGGUGAAGGCGGUGAAUGGGAAGUCCUUUUCUCCGCUGGGGCUUCGCCGCUAUGUCAAUCUGCUAUCUUUCCACUUGUAUCAUCAUCAACCUCCAUUAAUCCCCCUAUCAUAUCAUAUGCUGUAAACACACCCAUUCGACUCUUGGCUACCUUCUUUCCGCGCCAUAUACCAUACCGCUCAUUUCUGGUUCUUUCUUUUAACAAAAGUACCCCCUCGCGACCAACUUUAUACCUCCCGCCUCCGGAUAACUGUAUACUUCUUAUGGCUCGUUUAGACUACAUACUCUAUCAUCCCCAAUGUGCCCGUCCCGUAUAA